AUGGACCCCGACAGUGCGCGUCUAGCGCUGGACCUACAGCUCCAGGACGUUGACGAUUCGCUCCGAACGCUCAAUACUGAGAACGAAGCAGCAGCUUUCCGUGUCCUCCGUGAUGAGCUCAUCAAGAAGAAAGGCGAGAUCGACGGACAGUGCGCGGCUAUGGGCUUGCUACGCAAUGAGUUUGGUGAGCGCAGUGUGCAUCGGCGAUUGCUGGCGGAAGAGAGGCAGGCACAGGGUGAUCAUGGCAUGGCCUCUAGGCUCGCGGGAAGGGCGCCUGUUCCCCAGCUUGCUCUCCCAGUGAAUCGUCCUCCAGAUGAACCUUUGAACGGCAAUGUCGCUGAGUCGCUGUCCAUCGACCUAGGAUUGGCGCAGACGGAGUACGCGGUGCCUGGCAAUCCGAGAAAACACCGCGCCGAGGAAGACAAUGAAACGCUGAGAGAGAAGACCGAAGGAUGUGUGAAUCGGAGACGAGUAGCUGCGACGAAAGAACGCCGAUCGAAUGAUGAGAAUGAUGCGACUCCGGAGAAAGUUACGCUCAGCCCAUCUCUUGUCGAUGACCAAGUCAGGUCUGAUGGCAAAGAAGAGUUGGAAGCUAGUGCUACCGAGAAAGCGCCUCAAGAGAUUGCGAAUCGUACACCAUGUUCAGGAUGCUUCGAGGAGUUCGGUGAGACAGAUAUCAUCAAGUUACCGUGUCCGACUGAAGAAGACGCCCUGAAACACGCCUACUGCCAGAAUUGCCUCCGCAGUAUCUUCGCAUAUGCGAUCGCAGACUCGGAUCAUUUUCCACCGCGCUGCUGUGAGCCACUCGAAGUGUCUCAUUGCACGCGUCUGUUGUCGGACGAUCUCGUAUCCAAAUUCAAAGACAAGAAGGAGGAAAUGGACACACCACAUCGCGUCUAUUGCAGCAAAGCAGAGUGCGCAAAGUGGAUCAAGCCGUUGAACAUUGAGGCUGGCGUUGCUGCCUGCUCGGAAUGUUCUCAGAAGACCUGCGCCAAUUGCAAGGCAAAGCAACAUGACGGGCUCUGUCCAGAUGAUGCAGACGUCCAAGCUUUAUUGACCUUAGCAAAGGAGAAGCAAUGGAAGAGUUGUCCGGAGUGCAAGACCAUGGUGGAGCUGACUAUGGGUUGUUACCAUAUAACGUAA